GGCAUCGGAGGAGGAGGCUGGGCAAGUGAAACAAUGUCUCACUGAGUAUGAGCGUAUCUCAGGGCAGUUGGUUAACUUCAAUAAAUCUAGUAUCUGUUUCAGUUUGAACACCACUCUUCAGGUUCGGCAGUCUCUUGCUUCGAUUUUUGGGGUAGUCCAGGCUGAGAAUUUUGGUAAGUAUUUGGGGCUACCCUCUUUUUUGGGAAGAGAUAAAGUAAGAGUGUUCUCUUAUAUUGAAGAUAAAAUUCGAUGUCGGAUUCGAGGUUGGGGAAAGAAGUUGCUAUCCAAAGCUGGGAAGGAGAUCCUAUUGAAAACAGUGGCUCAGGCAAUGCCUUUAUAUGCGAUGAGUGUAUUCCUUUUGCCUCGUGUUACUUGCCAGAGAAUUGAGCGCCUUUUGAACUCCUUUUGGUGGGAGAGUAAAGGAAUUAACUCUUCAGGUAUUCAUUGGAUGUCUUGGCAGCGUCUAUCAGCCCCUAAGAAGUUCGGGGGAUUGGGUUUUAAACAAAUACGUGAAUUCAACGUGGCCAUGAUAGGUAAACAAGGAUGGCGCCUCUUAACGAAACCGGAAGCACUUGUGACUAAAGUAUUCAAAGCUAUGUACUUUCCCAAAACAUCAUUCCUGGAAGCCCAGUUGGGAAGUAAUCCAAGCUACUGUUGGAGGAGCAUACUGGAAGCAAAAAAUUUGAUUUCAAAUGGAGUGAGGAAGCGGAUUGGAGAUGGAUCUAACACUCUUGUGUGGGGAGAUCCAUGGCUGGCCGAUAGGGUGAAUCCCUUUAUUCUCACUCCCCGACCUCCUUUUAUGCCUAAUCUUCCUGUUUGUUUCUUGUUGAAUCAUGAUGCAGGUGGAUGGAAUUUAGAAGUUGUGCAAAGUUUAUUUUGCCCUAGAGAUGUGGACCAGAUCAGUAGGGUGCCACUUCAACUAGAUAGUGAGGACAAAUGGUAUUGGGCAGGAGAGACGCAUGGGGAGUACUCCGUCAAAGAGGCUUAUCGUCGAUUGGUUGGCGAAGCUACGUCAACUCCUGAUUUCUCUCGAUGGGGUCAGAUCUGGCAGAUCCCAAUUGCUCCUAAAAUUAGAAUCUGCCUUUGGCGUACAAUUAGAAAUAUCCUUCCGGUCAAGGUGGCGUUGAUUACUAAAGGCGUGGAGAUCGAGAUUGAAUGUCCAGUUUGUGGCGGUGCUGCAGAAACCAUUGAUCAUAUAUUUCUUCAAUGUCCUUUGGCUAUUGGAGUCUGGAACUUAUUGGGAUGGUCCCGUCAUCUUGUACAGACAGAAUCAUUGGUUGAAUGGAUGGAAUACCAAUUUUCAAAGCUUUCUAUUAAGGAACUUAAGUUGGUAGCCGAAGUUAUAUGGGCAAUUUGGAGAGCCAGAAACAAGGCGGUUUGGGAUCAUUACAUCCCUUCACCGCAAUCUGUGGUAAGCUGGAUCAUAGAAGUUUUACUAGAGCCGCCAAACAAAACUGGUCAAAGUGGAAGACAGGAGUCGAUGCAAGUGUCCCCGAGAUCAGAGCACAGAGUCUUUCGAUGUUAUGUGGAUGCAGCCAUAUUCCCUUCCUCUAAAGAGGUCGCUUUUGGGAGCGUCAUCUUUGAUCCGGGAGGUUCCUUCUAUGCUGCUAUAAAUAGAAUGAUGCAAUGUCCUUUAGAACCGGUGAUAGCAGAGGCUAUGGCAUGUAGAGAAGCUCUUACCUGGGCUAGAGCUAACGAGAUCCAAGACAUGGAGCUCCUUACGGAUUGCAGAUGGGUUGCGGAAGCUCUUUGUGAAAGAAACAUCCAGGUUUUUUCUUAUCUUGGAACUAUAAUAAAAGACUGUAAGGCUCUUUUAGCUCAGUUUAAUUCGGCAUUGGUUGCUCAUAUUCCUCGGGAAGAUAAUGGUAUCGCUCAUACACUUGCUCGUAGUGCGAUAACUCAAUCUUCUACGUGGAAUACAUCUCCCCCGGAUUGUAUUUCUCAUUUAUUGGAAUAAUAAUGAAAUUUGAUUGCCUUCAAAAAAAAAAUCGAGCUCCAUCAUAACUAUUGGCCUCGUUUAUUAAUGAUCAAAGCGUUUACAAUUUUGACGAAACAAACAACCAUAGAAAAACUUAUUUUGGGAUUGACAUAUAUUGCUCACUAUAUCUCAUAUCUUUUUUUCAUUUUGAAUUUUAUAAUCAAUAUUUUAAAACUUU